AAGAUGAAAUUCGUCUUCGGCUUCAUUUUGUUGGUAUCAGCCCUGGUAGCCAUCUCCCCUCAACAAUUCCAUCAGCAAAGAACAGGACAACAAUGGUUGUCACAGUAUCACCAGCUACCAAGAACUUUCCUCUAUAAUCAACGUCAACCAGCAGCGUCUCUUUACUACGAGCCUGUCGAUGCAAAUAUCCCAUUCUUCCGUUAUUCAAGACCUAACAUUCAACCCGCACUUAUCUAUCCGCAGAAUGAGGAGGGAAGCUAUCAAGGUGCAUUCGACGGAAUCCCUCAGUAUUACAUCGACAACAAGCAAAGCGUUCAGCAGAAGAACCAGGACCUGCUGUUGAAGCAGGUGGGCCAAGAUAACGAAGAGAAAAAAGCGUUUACGGUCUUUCCUUAUGUGAGACCUAUCGCGCCCUCAGCCGUUUAUUCACAGGCUGAUGGAGACGAGUCAAUCAUAGAAUUGCUUGCCAGUCAAAACUUAUUCGCGGAUGGUCCGAGUAAAGUAGGUUAUUCCCGUCCCAAGUUAGGCUUUCAAAAUGAAGACGAUAAACUAGGAAAAAUAAUUCCUGUUAUGGCUCAGCAACAUAUGACCAACCAAAAUCAAAUGGCUAACGUCAAGCCAAGAAUAAAGAAUUUCGGCUUUUAUCAAGGUUUGUCCGCUGGCAACCAACAACAAAAUGCCCGUCUUUUUUACCUCGAUGGCUCCAAUUUGCUGUCGAAAACCCUGACCGUUAAAGUUACUUCAACAUGCACAACCAUUAGUAUUGUGUCGUGCAUUCAGAUUACUAAUCUUGAUCCAAGCGACCCACCUGUGCCUUGCCGUCGAAAGCGUAGCCCUGAAGUCGAUCACGCCCUCGAAAAAGACGAGAGCCAAUUUCCAAUUAAUCCUUCAAAAGUGGAAAUUGUAACACCCACCUUGGAGCCUUUUUUGUCGAUUCUACCACAUGAUCUCAUCCAGACUCCGCCAGUAGAGAUGGCCUCAUCGAAAGAAGAGACACUCCAUAACAACGACGAAUCCAACAGCCUAGUGACAUACAUGGCAAAGCAGCAGAGGGAAGAAAAAGCUUUCAAGUUUAAUAUACAGAACUUCUUGACGUAUACAACAGUGACCAUCCUUGGGUCGAUCGUCACGAGCACCCUCACACAAACAUUUGUUCCUGCAGCAGCACUUGCUUGUUUACCUGCCGGUUACGUUCUUUGUCCCUUGUAACCCAAUGCAACCCUUCAAAAUCCCACAAGGUAGUGUAAGGGUAAGGGGCAUCUGUUGUUCGAGACCAUCACAAGCAGGAACUUGGGUGGCUUUUGAGCAAACCCUUUACUAUAUAGAUUUUAUCUAAACGGCAAUUGUAUGCCAUGAACGUAGACGUAGAGCAAACAAUGAUAGCCACCUGUAUAUUUCAAGGUUAGAAAUAUAAAUAUACAAUUCUGGCUAUAAA